GCCGUAUUUAAAUUAUCUUGAUUCUGGUUUCCGUAAGCCAAAACAGCUCACUGUUCACUGUAUAAAACCAGAUUCUUGACGUAUCUGUGAGUACUUUACACUUCCUGUACAGAUAUUUAUCCAAGUCAGCAUCGCAGAAUGGCUUUAACAAAACUCUCUUAUUUGAAAGCACAUUUACAAUAUGAUCAUACUGAGGAUAGAAUUGUCAACAAGUGCCUGGAUGUCAUUGAUAAUUCUAGUCAACUUUCUCCCCAGUCAUCAAACUUUCAUCAACACCCUAUCAUUUGUACAGUAGAAAGGACUUACAAGUGUGAUUUAUGUUGUAAAUAUUUUAGACAGCUAUCUGUUUUACAACAACACCUUAAAGUUCAUACAGGAGAAAAGCUUUACAAGUGUAACACAUGUGGUAAAUGUUUUAAAAGUUAUGUCAACUUGAGGAAGCACCAUAGAAUUCAUACAGGAGAAAGACGUUACAAGUGUGACUUAUGUAGUAAAUGGUUUAGACAACUAUCGGUUGUACAACAACACCUUAUAGUUCAUACAGGAGAAAAGCUUUACAAGUGUGACACAUGUGGAAAAUGCUUUACAAGGUUUGUCAACUUGAGGAAGCACCAUAGAAUUCAUAGAGGAGAAAAACCUUACAAGUGUGACUUAUGUUGUAAAGUUUUUAGACAGCUUUCAGUUGUACAACAACACCUUAGAGUUCAUACAGGAGAAAAGCCUUACAUGUGUGACAAAUGUGGUAAAUGUUUUACAGAUUAUUCCAACUUUAGGACGCACCUUAGAAGUCAUACAGGUGAAAAGCCUUACAAUUGUGACACAUGUGGUAAAUGUUUUACAGAUUUUUCCAACUUUAGGAAGCACCUUAGAAGUCAUAGAGGAAAAAAGGCUUACAAGUGUGACAAAUGUGGUAAAUGUUUUACAGAUUUUUCCAACUUUAGGAAGCACCUUAGAAGUCAUAGAGGAAAAAAGUCUUACAAGUGUGACAAAUGUGGUAAAUGUUUUACAGAUUAUGCCAACUUUAGGACGCACCUUAGAAUUCAUACAGGAGAAAAGCCUUACAUGUGUGACAAAUGUGGUAAAUGUUUUACAGAUUAUGCCAACUUUAGGACGCACCAUAAAAGUCAUACAGGAGAAGGGGCUUACAAGUGUGAUGAAUGUGGUAAAUGUUUUACAGAUAUUGCCAACUUGAGGGCGCACCUUAGAAGUCAUACAGGAGAAAAGGCUUACAAGUGUGAUGAAUGUGGUAAAUGUUUUACAAAUCUUUAUAAUCUACACAGACACAAAAAAAUUCAUACAGGAUCAGGAGAAAGUCAUAGAGGAAAAAUGGCUUACAAGUGUGACAUAUGUGGGAAAUGUUUCACACAACCUUAUAAUGUACACAGACACAAAAAAACUCAUACAGGAGAAAAACCUUACAAGUGUGACACAUGUGGUAAAUGUUUUACAAAUCCUUUUAAUUUACACAGACACAAAACAAUUCAUACAGGAGAGAAGCCUUAUAUGUGUGACAAAUGUGGUAAAUGUUUUACAAAGUUUGUCAACUUGAGGAUGCACCUUAGAAGUCAUACAGGAGAAAAGCCUUACAAGUGUGACACAUGUGGUAAAUGUUGUACAAAACUUUAUAAUCUACACAGACACACAAAAACUCAUACAGGAGAAAAGCCUUACAAGUGUGUCAAAUGUGGAAAAUGUUUUUCCCUGCAUUACAGUUUAAAACAACACCAUAGAAUUCAACAUUCAACAUAAUUAGGCCCUACAAAAAGAUUAUUUUUGUAAAUGCCUUUCAAGUCAUACAUUUCAGAAACAUCUUAGAAUUCCUUCAGAAGAUAUGCUUUAACUGUGGUAAUUUUAAAUUAAACAUUGUACUGAAUCAUCUCAAUGUGAUGAUUAUUUUAAUGACCUUUAAUAUUUAUCUAAACAUCAAAGAAGCCACACUUGAAAUUGUACUUGAACAUCUCCUUGAGGUAUGCAUUAGUUUAGGGUCAUCUAUAU